AUGUCAGAUCCUACUUUCACGAACUACACCAAAGACCAGGCACAGAAAAUACUCGCCGACGUGGGCUGCGGCCCUGGAAAUGCCACCAAGCCACUUGCCCUCUCAUUCGACUACGCUAUCGGCCUGGACCCUGGAGUCGAGAUGAUCAACACCGCGCGGGAACUAGUAGGGAAAACAGCAAUUGAUCAGACAAUUACUUAUUGCGUCUCUGGCGCCGAAUCUAUUGCGAAUUCCAUCCGCGAGAACCUGCCGAUUGUCGAAGAAAAUGGGGGAGUUAAUAUGAUCACCGCUGCUAUGGCGGCCCAUUGGUUCGACAUGCCUGGAUUCUGGGCAGAAGCUGCUCGCAUAGUGAAACCGGGUGGCUCGGUUGCUCUCUGGACUCAUUCAUCUUUUUUCUGCCAUCCAUCGACCAAAAAUGCUAAGCAGGUUCAAAAAGCUCUCUUUUACCUCGAAAGGGAAAUUCUCGCUCCCUAUGAGCUUCUGCAGAAUCGUCUUUCUCGUGAUUACUACGAUCAUCUUCCUCUUCCGUGGACCAUCGGCCAUAAGGCUGUUGAAGAAGCAUUUCCGGAAUCGGGAUUUGUCCGAAUGGAAUGGAACCGCAACGGUAUUAUUACUGAUGGGGAUAAAUUUUUUGAUGGCUCAGACGAAACAACCGUGAAUGAGAUCUCGGAGGGUUUACAGACAGCUAGUAUGGUGACUCGUUGGCGAGAUGCUCGUCCGGAUCUGGUGGGGACAGAUCAGGACUGUGUAGCAUUAGCAAUGGCGGAAGUGAGGAAAGCUCUAGGAGUCAGUAGAUAUGAGGAUCCUGCGCUGAAGGUUGGAUGUGCAACUGUGUUGUUACUUUUUAAGCGAGUGUAG